AUGCAUCUUAUGUACACUCUGGACGCUGAGGGAAAGCGGGUGUAUACCCUCAAGAAAGUCACCCCUGAGGGAAAGGUUACCAAGAGCGCUCACCCUGCUCGCUUCUCGCCCGAUGACAAGUACUCCCGUCACCGUGUGACCCUGAAGAGAAGAUAUGGUCUCCUCCUGACCCAGCAGAAGGAUUUGCAAACUUCCGAGCUGUAG